ACGUUUGUGGGAAGUGGGCGAAGGAGAAGGCAGACAAGCAGCAAGAGCAACUGUACGUACGUAGUUCUAUUUAUCUGAAAAUCAAGACGUUGUCUUGUACCUGAAGAAUAGACUAUCAUCAAGCUCCAAAAUUCAGGGCCAUCAUUUUGGAUCAGGAGAAGAAAAAAGAAAGCACGCACAAAAGAAGAUGUACCAUCAUCACCAACAUCAAGGAAAGAACACCCACUCUUCUUCAAGAUUAAUGUCCACUCCUCCCGAGAGACAUUUAUUCCUGCAAGGUGGGAACAGUCCUGGAGAUUCUGGACUUGUCCUCUCAACUGAUGCUAAGCCUAGACUUAAAUGGACCCCAGAUCUACACGAGCGUUUCAUAGAAGCAGUAAAUCAGCUAGGAGGAGCAGACAAGGCUACUCCAAAAACAGUGAUGAAACUUAUGGGGAUUCCAGGACUCACCUUAUACCACCUCAAAAGUCAUCUUCAGAAGUACAGGCUCAAUAAGAAUUUGCAUGGACAGGCUAAUAGUGGGGCCAACAAAACAGGUAUGGCUGGACUGGGGUGUGACAGAGUAUCUGAAGCAAACGGAACAACUUCGAACAAUUUAAGUAUUGGACCCCAGACAAACAAAAACUUGCAUAUAAGUGAAGCGCUACAAAUGCAAAUUGAAGUGCAAAGAAGAUUACACGAGCAGCUUGAGGUGCAGCGACACUUGCAGCUCCGGAUAGAGGCUCAAGGAAAAUACCUGCAAGCAGUGUUUGAAAAAGCCCAAGAGACACUCGGAAGACAGAACAUAGGUACUGUGGGACUUGAAGCUGCUAAAAUGCAACUCUCUGAACUGGUGUCCAAAGUAUCCAAUCAAUGUCUAAAUUCUACAUUUUCAGAGCUGAAAGAGUUGCAGGGGUUGUGCCCCCAGCAAGCCCUAGUAACCCAGCCCACUGACUGUUCAAUGGAUAGCUGUCUGACUUCCUGUGAAGGGUCUCAAAAGGAUCAAGAAAUGCACAAUAGGGGAAUGGGGAUGAGACCUUAUUCUGUAAGUGCAUUCUUGGAGCAAAAAGAGAUGUCUGAUGGCCACAUGAUACAAAAGACAGAACUCAAGUGGUCUGAAGACCUGAAACAGAGCAUGCUUCAUUCCUCGAUGGUUAAAGAUGGAGAAAGAAGAAUGUUCCCUGUUGAUAGAAGCUCCAACGAUUUGUCCAUGAGAAUUGGAUUUCAAGGAGAAAAGGGGAAUGGCAGCAACAGCUGUUUUGGAGGAAGAUUUCAAGGAAGGGACUUGGAAGACAAUUUUCUAGACCGAAUCAAUAAUAAGGCAGAAUCAAGUAAACUAGAAAAUGAGAAAAAUUCCCAGAGAUACAGAGUGCCCUACUUUGCAUCCAAACUGGACCUAAAUGCCCGUGAUGAGAAUGAUGUUGCUGCUGCUGCUGCUGGAAGUUGCAAGCAAUUCGACUUGAAUGGUUUCAGCUGGAGCUAAGAGCCAGAGGUAUUAAACGAAGCGAUAAGUAAAAGAGGCAAGGUUAGGUGAUUAGAUUUGCAGUCGGCUUUUACUCUUGAGAAGCCCGCACGAGAUAUAUCUCUUCACCAAAAAGAACCAUUUCGAUAUCAUCAUGCUUCAAGUUUUCAAUUGAGAUAAAGCAACUGACAAAUUAGCACUACCAAUUAUUGUCGACGGAAAACCAAUUCAAUUUUUAAUUGCUUUCCCUA